GUGUGCGCUACGACCAGCAGGUACUCCGCACGGAUUACUUGAGAUGUAUGCUUGCAGAGGUUAGGACUAAGCUGGUGGAUGAGGCCUACGUCAACCACCGCAAUUUCGCUGCUUUCAGCAAGAAGGCCUUGGAUAUAGAGGCAAAACCUGGGUCCGCGCAUCAGAGUCAGGGAGAUGGUAGGAGGAAGAAACUUCCCCAAGACUGGAAGAAGAAGGGUCAGCUAAUGUUCAUCGAUCAUGAUGGUCAGACGACGAAAAUUGACGACUUCUCAGACCUUGGGGAUGAGACAGAGCAUGAUGAGGCCAAUGAGACUUCGGAUGGGGGAGUCGUGGCCCCUAUCAAAGAAAAGGCUAGGGGGACCGAGAAGAAGAAGGUAGGCCGGUCUACGGGUCAGGGCGACCAAGGAACACUCGCAUGGGUAAAACUUGGUUUAGAUUACGAGUUCGAAGACUACAGAUGGCAGAUCCUAUCUAGCCUACUCUACAAUGCCGCUGAUGACGUCAACAGCUCCCCGAAGUACGAGCAGAUCUCCGCCAAUGCCGCACGCUUCAAGCACCAGGGGGUGGACAGGAGCCCAUGGACUCAAGAAGGGUGUAAACAGCUUCUUCAGAUGGUCUUUCACGAGGAACUUGAUGACGGGGAGAAGAUUUAUUGGUAUUUGGCAGUGCAGCGUGUGAAUGCAAAUCCAGAUCGAUGGCAUCACCUGAUUGGGCGGUCGUGGAAAGGGUUGCAGUGCAAAUGGAGAGAGCUUGGAGGGCACCGGAUACUGAAGGGGGUAGAUGCAUGGCCCAGUUAUGCAGGGCCUGUGCCAGAGAGGUUGCGCAACCAGCUGGAGCGCCGUUCCCAGAGACAGCAACAGCAACAAUAUCAGCAGCACCAGCACCAGCACCAGCACCAGCAUCAGCAUCAACACCAGCAUCAGCACCAGCACCAGCAUGGAUCACCAGAGAUGGUAGCCCGGUGUGGCGCACCAGCAAGCGGUGGUAUACAUGCCCUCACAGCAGGCGGGGGAAUCAGCAGCAGUGGUGCCUCUGGGCAAAUAACAAUGCAGCAGCUUGCUACCAAAAGGCAGCUCAUGGAGCAUGAUUCAGUAUCAGCAGGGGGAGAUGGAAGUGAUAUCAGUGAGCACGGAAUGCGGUCAUCGCAAGGCAGGCUGGUUCAAUACAGGGGUGCGGAUACUUGUGGAGGAGGGGGAGGGAGUCCGGGAAUGGGUUCACCGCGUUCGUGCGGUGGCGAUGGGCAAGGGCAAGCUUUUAUCACAGGAAGACCCCUGGCAAUUAGCUUUGGGGAGGGUGUGGACAGAGGUCAGCGCGGAGUCGGCCAAUUGGCACUGAUGGGAGGCGGCAACUCAGACUCCUUGUCGAGACCCUCAGAUCCACAUGAUAACUCCUUGGACAUGGAAAGAACUGUCGACAGCACUCCAUGGACAUUUGAAGGCUGCAAGCAGCUUCUUCAAAUGGUGUUCCUUGAAGAGCUUGACGAUGGCGACAAGAUCUACUGGUCCUUGGCUGUUCAGAGGGUGAAUGGAAACCCGGAGCGAUGGCCACAGUUGCGAGGACGCUCAUGGAAAGGUCUGCAGUCGAAGUGGCGGGAAUUGGGAGGCCAUCGCAUCCUUAAGGGUGUGGAUGGAUGGCCUCCGUAUGCUGGCCCAUUGCCGGAGCGCCUUAUGAAUCGGCUUGAGCGGAGAGGUAUUGCUCGCUCGCAUUUUCUGGGUCUGGGUGGAGGUCCCAUGAAUGUACCAAGGGCGCUCCCCGGGCCAACAGGAAGCCCGCUUCAUCCUUCAGCAACAACUGCAGGUGGUGGCAACAAUAAUUCAGGAAUGACGCCGCCGCGCCGAAUGGAUGCUGUGUCUGUCCCUAGCUCCCUUUACGGAGGAGGUCCCGGUGGUACUCGCUCACUCCAGGUUGCUGCAGCUGCAGCAGCAGCUGCGGCCGCCGCUGCACAUGGAAUUCAAGUGGGACCAAUGGGCACUUCCGCAUCGCUCGGCAUGUUGUCACAGCAGCAACAGUCCGCAUCAGGGAUUAUGAUGGCUGGCCUGAGCCAAAGCGCUAUGGGGCUGACGAUGGUUCGUGGGCCCACUUCAGCUUUUGUGCCCACGGCUCAGGGCCAGCAGGGGUCAUUAGGCCCAACCCAGGCGGGCGGUCAUCUGGGGAUUUCCACAGGGCCAGGACACACCCAGGGACAUGGCUCUGGUCACUUGCAUGGUCAGCUGAUUGAAACAGGUCCUAAUUCAUCCUGUAUCGAUCUUGAAACUGCUGGGGACAGGCUUUCCGCGGAGGGAGCAGUGCCGUCCGGCUCCGGGGGAAGCCAUGGCAGUGCUGGUGUUGGUGUCAUCAGUGAGCCCAUUCCUGUCGUGGAGGAGAAUGUGCUAGACACUGAAAGAGUCAUACCUGACUGUACGCCUUGGACGCUCGAAGGUUGCAAGCAGCUCAUGCAGAUGGUAUUUGUUGAAGAACUCGACGAUAACAACAAGAUUUACUGGUCCAAGGCUAUUCACAGAAUAGCAGCCAAUCCUGAGCGCUGGAACCAGCUGAUGGGUCGAUCAUGGAAGGGCUUACAGUCCAAGUGGCGAGAGCUGGGUGGCCAUCGGAUUUUGAAGGGUCUGGAUGACUGGCCAUCUUACGCAGGACCCAUCCCAGAGAGGCUGCAACGAAGGCUAGAACGGCGCCAACAUAGGGUGGCAGUGCCACUGCCUUUGGCUGUAUCAGGUGUGUCACUGGCAGGAACGGGUCAAGCCACUGGACAAUCGCAUCAACAACUUGGUGGCCCACCACAGCAGCAGGCACAGUGUCAUCCGCACAGCCACAACCAUGGCCAUGGAGGUCAUACUCAGAUGCAAAUUGCUUCGUCUCAUAAUGUCCAUCCGCAUUCUCAGUUCACAAUGGGCAUCCACGCAGUCACCACAUUGGCGGGAAACCAUCUAGGCGGGGGAGGGGGAGGGGGAGGUGUUUUGCCAGGUGGCCAUCACCAUGACGGCUAUCCUCACAACACGCAUCAUCAUGCCGGGACAAUCGGCAGCCUGAAGCAUCAUCACGCUGGCGCUGCUGCAGGCCAUCAACUCCAGCUGGAUGUCAGCCAUGGGCAUGCACUCUCCCUGCCGAACCAUGCUCAUCAUCACCACACUUCCCUUGACUUGCAAGUUGCUGACAUGGAAGCCCAACGGAGAAACGAGCAUCUUGCUUAUGAGCAAUUGCAACACAUGCACCAUCAUCAAAUGAGGGCCAGCGGGGCCGCUGGGGCGGGACAAGGCCCCACGGGUCCACAAGAGGGCGGAUUGAACCUGCCGGACGGCUCCGGUAGAGACCGGUCGUGACUGCCCCAAGCAGCAGCAGCAGCAGCAGCAGCGGUAAGUAACCUCUACUGCAUGUGGAAAGUAGCAAGAGUACCAGGGAAGUGGAGGAGGUCAUGUUCGUGGCUGCAAAUCAUGGUGCAGUGGGCAGCACUGGAUGGGUAUGUAUCAGGUGGCAGGUCGUCAACGUCAUCCCAUGUGUGUGUCCUUGUGGUGUAGAAUAUUUGUAGUGACAGUUUCAACAUGGCUCGCAGACCUAAAAUUGAAGCCACCGGCUGGUGAGCAUGGAUCGUGCAAUGGGCUCGUUACAGUGGAUUGAUGAUCUUGCUUUCUUGUGGAUGAAAUCAAAGAGGUCCUACUUGCCUCUAGAUAAUUAUGUGAUUCGCCCGGAUUCCCGGUGCUACAGCAUAGGGAUGGAGACAGCAGUGGGGCGGAUACCUGCAUUGACGGAUUGGUCGAAUGUGUGGGAGAUCAUGCUCUCCCUAGAUAGGUUUUCAGUUCGAUAAACAGUAGUUGUUUCUGUUGACUUUGGGUAGCGGGGAAGUCUAAUCAAUCAAUUGGAUGGAAUGGGUAAUAGUUAGUGACUGCGUGUUGGGGGAAGUGAAAUGAUAAUGGUGGUGCAGGUGACGACAAUUCAGCAUGAUGAUCAUGAUGGUGGUGGUGGUUCUGGCUAUGGUGAGAUGAUGAUGGCAGGGCUUAUCAUGCUAGUGGUAUCUGUGAUGAUGAUGAUGAUGAUGAUGAUGAUGAUGAUGAAAUGAGGAAGGAAGUGGAGGAGUGGGAAAAGGAGGAAGAGUAGGAGUACAAUGAUAUGUUAAAGAUGAUGAUGAUGAUGAUGAUGACAAGGAUAAUGACAAGGGACAUGAAGGCCAGCAUUGGUCAUUCCUAGUAAGGAAUUGUGAUCCGACCGUAAAGAAUGCCUGUCCAUGACCGUCAGGCACAAUGAUGCUCCCCCCUCCCUCCCCCGGGCCCCUCACCAUUUCAGAAUUCAUCCGCCCGCUGGUAGCCUGCUGCUACGGUAGUUAUAAAGGGGGUCAUGGAUGAUAAUGAGAAGGGGGACCUGUUAGUUAAGUAUCAUGGGGUAGGGAGGAAGAAGAUAGUUGAAGGAUGUUUCGGCGACUGCACGAUCAAAGAGAGGUCUUUCAAUUUGCAUUUUACAGUUCCAUUUUCGCAAAUACAAAUAGUUGAUUUCACCAUCAUGGUUUUCGACUGAGCAAGGCAGGGAAAGAGGGGGGGGAAGAAGGGCCAGGUGGUAGAGGCCGGGUGUAGCCGAGAAGGGCCAGGCAGAUGCACGUCAGAGUUGUAAGAAUAUUUACCUUCCGUACCGUCGUAAUCCGCGUGUCGAUAUCUUCGCCGUCAUUGCCACGACGACGCAUUUGCUGCCGCUUUCCUCUUCCUUUGACCAGUCCAGUUCUGCUUGACUUGACUUCCUUACUCUUGUAGUUUCACUUUCAGUUUGUUCCGCUAUCUCCCUCCAGCUUCUCUUUCCUUCGACAGAGAUCGCCGUCCCCCCUGUGCGCUCCUGAUGAGUUGUCCCGUAGGGUGGUCCUCGCCCACCCUCGGUCUGUAACGGCAGUGAUUGCAGGCAUGCGUGCUGCCCUCCUGAGCUUGGAUCAUCGCCCAGCAUCGAUGAGUCCAUCUUGUUCUACCGCUUCUAAUGACACACAAGGAAAUCGUUUUGCCUGAAACAGCUGUGUCCGAGUCCUACUUACUUACUUACAGGCCAGAAGAUGAUAUUGACAGAGAACAGAAUAGGGGUGAAUGAUGAUGUGAUGCUCCCCAAAAGCGUCGACAUCCUUUCGCCCUACAGCUCAUUCAUAUGUCCUAGCCAUGUGCUAGCUGAUUGUAAGGUUGUCGAUCUCGCAUUUGUAGUGUACCGGCAUGUUGGCUUGCUUUCCGUGCAGGAAGAUAGAAAGAGGCGACAGCUACUUUUGCUCUCUGCUAAAGAGAUUUGCAUGUGAACAUUCAUAGAUGUUGAGGAAUUCCAUCGUAACGAUGGUGUUGUCAGUGGUGAGGAUGAUGAAGACGACGGUGACGAGGAUGAUGUUUCCAGGUGUCCAUGCCACUGGGUAGUCCGAUUUUUCUCUGUGAGUCUGAGAUCCAUUUGUUUCUUGCACUUGCUCUAGGAUCAAAGCCAGCUAGCCAGCGCUCGCACUGUUCUUUCGCUUUGGGCCUGCCCCGUCUAAUGCACACCUUGAAUCCUCAAUUAAUAGGCUCAAUACACAUUUUUCAACUAAGAGUUGGAUGUAUGGAAGUCUAGUCCAUCAAGACGAUGGCUUGGCGUGACUUGACUCCAAUUGGAUUUUGCAUUUAUAUGGCUUGCAUUGGCUUCGGGAAAGUUGAUUUGAACUCGAUAUGUCAUUUUGGGAGUUUAGGCAGGCACAACUGGUGCAUUGAAUUGCCUUGCACGACUGCAGUGGCAUGCGUCUUGGAUCUCUUUGGAGUGAAUUUACCUAGUAUUGGCCCUGAUGUGUGAGCACCUGCUUUGCCGUAAGAAGGUGGCUAGCUUGUCUACCAGUUUCGGCGCAGCUCCAUUCUUCUGCCCUUUCUGAUUGACAAAUCACUCUCCGAAGCAAGCAAUAGAGCCUGAGAAAGCCCCCAGGUAAUUGCACAGAUCUUUUGCUUUUGACCUGUAUAGAUUUGUCCAUGAGGGUUUUUACAGAAAGCUAUGUCUAGUUGUGUAAAGAUGUAAUGGCAGGCUGCCAUCAUUUUCGCGUCCCAAGCCCUUGCUGGAGCUGUCAAAGCUGCAAUCGGAACACUCAUUCACGGUCCCGGGGGGGAUGCAUUCGUGCACUAUUCCGUUCCGUUCCCGCGAAGUUCUGUUAAUGAUGAUUCUCCUGUGGAGGAAUAAUGCACCAAUCCAUCAGAAUCAGAAGCAGAAAUUGGCCACCAGAACUGGCAGUUGCAAUUGGUUGGCAUCCAAGAGCAAGGGGGUGUAUUCUGGCUAAAAUCCUAAAAGGAAUGUCAAGCUGACUGCAUUGGUUUAGGGUUUGGAGGGGGGGGUCAACGAUGAUUGUGGUACGGAGACCGUGACCAGGAGAGGAGAUGCCUUCAAUGAGACAAAAGCAACUGGAAUUGAGCGGGGGCUAGGAGGGCGAGUUUCAAUGCCCACGUAGAGUGAAUGCACAGGUCCGCAGCCAGGAGAUGUCCACCUAGACGGGGAUGGGCCAUCGAAAUGCGUCCACCGAGUAAAGCGGGAUCAUCCUGGUCGCGGAUGACCGACUUUGUAAUGCUGACAAGGCGCAUUCGUGCUGGACUGGAUCCGUUCUUUUCCGAUGAGUGUUCACUGUUCAUGGUAUAGCGUGUGGAUUAUGACAAGCUACAGCAAAAGGAGAAAUGGAUGUAAAGAUCUGCAUGGCUGGGACGCUUCUUUUUGUCUUUGUCUCCCUGUCUGUGCUGAGCCUUUUCAUCAGCGUGAUUGACCUGGCGGUUUUCAAUGAGUUGCUUGGUUGCUUGCUUGAUUGAUUGGCUGGCGAGUUUCUAUGCCCACGUAGAGUGAAUGCGCCUGGUCAGCAUUACGGGGAUGCGUUCAUCAGGAGAAUUGGCAUGACAGUUUUCGACGAGUUGCUUGGUUGCUCAAUUGAUUGGCUGGUUGGUUGGUGGGUUGGUUGGCUGGCUGGCUGGCUGGCUGGAUGGCUGACUGGCUGGUUGAUUGGUUGAUGGAUGGACAGAUGGAUUUGACUGAGUUGAAUUGCUUGAUGGGAACGAUUGAUUGAUUGAUUGAUUGAUUGAUUGAUUGAUUGAUUGAUUUGAUUGAUUGAGUUGCGUUGAGUGGUGAAGGCUUUGCUCAGUGGAGAACCCUCUGUUAAGUGGUAGAGGCCAUGAGGGUGGACGUUUAUCCGAUUAUGCAGACCAGUCAGCAGCGUUGCUUGUUGGGCAACAUCUGUGAACUGUCAGGUCUGCUAAUUGGACAUUAUCAAGGGGACAUCUGUGAGCUCUCUCUUCUCUCUGGACAGGCAAAGUUCUUCCAUAGCACAACCUGAAGGAGCGUCUCCAGAUUGGCCAUGCCAACCAUUGCUGACAAAGCUGCAUUCACUUACCUUUUUUUUCUCGAAGAUUGCACGGACAAUUUUCACCCGACCAGUCGUUAGUGAAUGACAUUUUCACUCGGCAAGUCUAGUGACUGAACGGACCACAUUAAUUAAUGUCGCAUUCGGUCGUUGAAGUCCUGUUGUGAAUGUGUUCCUAGGGUUAAGAAGAUGAUCAUUCAACACAUUGCAAGCAUCAGAAUGUCUGGAGCUGGAGAGAGGGCACGAGGCAUCAUACGAAGAAGGGGGAUCCGUUUCCGCAUUGCACGGGGUUCGUUUAAUUGAUUUUGGAGCUUACCCUAAUAGCCCCCCUCAUGGAGGCUUUCCAUCAAUAUGGAUGAAAAUUUGCCAAUCCCUUUAUUCAUAGCUUUACGCUUACGAAGCAGGAGUUUCUUUAUUUCCUUAGCUUUAAAUCGGAUAGGUUGUUACGGCCUUUCUUUCUUUCUCAUUUGUUUAUCGCGUUGAAGAUCUUAGGUUGGAUCUAGUCUUGUACGUCCUCCUCGAGCAGGACAAAGGUGAGAUGAUACUGUUACCCCCAUGGAGAAGUUUGCAGAGCGUAUGUCAACUGAAAGUUCUGUACUCUAAUGGCUGCACAGGGGAGUAAAGCGUUUAGAAGCUGCAUCCUACAGAAGACUCAGCAGAGUUGCGAGACGAGCUGCAUUGAAUUGGUUCGGUGGUUGGCAAAGGGUAGAGGAAUACUGGGGCCAACCGGGUAACUACUACGUGUGAAAGCACCAGUGCAUCAUACAUAGGCCCGCGGGUGUCAGCGUGGAACCCGCACAACUUCGGAGGCUUCAGAUUUGUUUUUUUCAACGGCGCCCCAUGCCGCGCCGCCCCUCCGAGGUUUGCUUGAGGCGACCAAAAACUUUCUGCAAGGCUGGGGCCAUUUACUGGCAGUUUAAGGUUACGCUGGAAACAAUUAGGGAGUUGUUUUGUCUGUCUAGAAGACUCUGCGAGAUCUGGCUGGUCUGCGUGGUCACCGAAGGUCACAUUCGUUGUGUACAUUCCCACAGCUGCAGGGAGAUCAUCUGCUGAUUUCUGUCAGAAGACAGGAUGUUAAGAUAUCCAGAUGUCAGUUACUUCUCGUCGAUAAAGAGAAAAGCUUUGCUGAGAGUCUCCCAUGUCAACACAAACAACAGGUGGGGCGUGACUGUCUCAGGGAUUUCAAUUUGACAAACACGAGGUGAGCAUCCGCGGUAUAGCCCUAAGAAUCCCUUUUCUUUGGGUCUGGCUAGAGUCAGCUCCUUCAUCUGUUCAUUCUGUGUGGGAUCGGAAAGAGAAAGGCAGGAUUUGCUGAGUGUCUGUGCUAUAGCCCCCUGUCAACGCAAACAACAGGCGGGGUGUGACUGUCUCGUGGAUUUCAAUUUGAAAAACGCGAGGUGCACGUCUGCAGUUUAGCCCCUAUCACACCAACGAAGGGAGGGGCAUAACUGCACACACAGUUGGCAAGGCGGAGGUUGCUGUGACCACGAAUGGCAUUCGCUGCAUGCAGUCUCAGAACUGUCUUGAUACUGAUCUGGAAGCAGGGGCAAAAACCGGGUGAACAUUGGAGGAGACUGACUGGCUGGUGAAGUACCAAGGAGGCAAGGGAACACGUCUAGGCUGAUAUAGCUGUCCACGAGCUGCAAGUGGGGGAUUCUGCAAGAUAGCACGGGAAGGAUCCCAGUACUUGUUUCCACUGCUUCGGAAUCCUGAACUUCUCUCUCAGUUCGUAAAAUAGUGACAGUUGCCAAGGCCGAUUGGAUUGUCGGCUGCCAGCCUCAGGUGCAUCUGCAGAGGAAAGGUACGUACGAUGUCGACAAAAGCGGAGAAGUACUUGUUUCCACUGCAUUGGGCUCAUUCUGUUUUCAGAGUAAACAUCGACAGUUAUUGAGGCCGGUUUGUCUGCUGCUGCCAGCCUCAGCUGCAUGUGCAGAGGGAGAGGAUAUGAGAUUGACAGAGUCGAGACGAGAGCCUGGGCGUCUCAGCAAGCAGAUGGUGACAUGUGGGUGCCAAUCGUGGAGGUCGCACUGGACUGUUAAGGUUACCUACUUCUGUUAUAGAUGGGCGUGGGUCCUGGACGGUCCCGGGUCCAGUUGCCGUGUUCUUGAAGUGACCUGGUGUUGUUCCAGAUCAGAAGAUUUCUAGCGCUGGUGUGUUCCCCGGUUCUUUGGCAGCAGUAUGGAUGCAAUGCUGGUUUAGCUGAGUCAGGUUCGUCUCGUGACCUGUGCAGAAACAGAACGAGUGAUGGUUCAACUUUCAUCUCUCCUUUGGUGGGGGUAACAUCAUCUCACCUUAUUGAUUUUUUCCUUCAGGUUCAUCAUGAACUGUUUCCAUGUGUCAUUUCUUGACCUUUGGGUCGGCGAAUUGUGUAUAAAGAGGUUGAUGUGUUUAGAUAAAUGAAUGUUUAAGCACUUC